AUGGCGUCUAGCACCAGGUUUGCUCCCCUCCUCCUAGCGCUCGCCGUCCUCGCCGCGGCGGCGCUGGCCCCCUCGGCGUCGGCGGCGGCCGGGACGGAGUACUGCCGGGACACGCUGGGCGGCCUGCUGGCGUGCCACGCGUUCAUGUACGAGGGCGCGCCGGCGGCCUCGCCCGCCUGCUGCGACGCCUACAGCGCCGCCUUCAACGCCGACCCCUUCUGCCUCUGCUACAUCGCCAACGGUGUCUACGGCCGCUCCACCGGCUACGACGUCAACGUCACCCACGCCCUCGAGAUCCCCACCAGCUGCGGCCAGGUCCAGCCGCCCAUCCAGCUCUGCGACAUGCAAGGAGUGGUACUUCCUCCCUACGAGCCGGAGUCCGGACCCAAGGCUUCGUCGCCGGCGGCUCAGCCACCUUCAGCAGGAUCGGUAGAGCCACCGCGGUCGUCUCCUGCGGCGCCGUCGUCGACUUCCCCGCCACCGCCACCACCAACAACAACAACAACCUCCGGCAGUGAUCAAUCUUCGGCGCAGAUGGCCCUCGUGCUCUUCACCGUUGCUGCCGGCAUGCUCGCGGCCGUGGCCUGAAGAUGGGAAUUGCAGCCGUGAUAAGCUAUGAUAUCAGGACUUGCAGAAUAUGAAUAUUAGCUGCAGAUUGAAACAUACAUGUUGUUCGCAACAUGUAAUUAUGUAAUAGACUAAAUAUAUAGGUCUUUUUUCUUUGGUUAAUCAAAUAGGUAGGAGUUAGAUGAGGCUUUGUUAAUUCUCAUCUACUCCCUCUAUAAGCUUUUAUAAGACGUUUUAGAUCACUAACCUAAAACGUCUUAUAAAAGUUGAGGAAUAGAUGAGAAUUAGCAAAUCCAUUGUUUUAUUAGCGAAAUUCUGGAACUAAAUUGGUUAUUUGGGUGUUUCUUGCGUGUAUGACUAUGACAUAUAUAAUCUGCCUAUAUCCAAGUGCAUGCGUUAAUUAAAUCGAACAGGAGGCUCUAUAAAGAUUACUUUAACCAUGUACUCCCUCCCACAAUAUAAGAGUGUUUUUAACAUUAUAGUUCUUAUAUUGUGGAACGGAGGGAGUGCAUAAAAACAACAAUGUAAUUUUAAGGUGUCAAUAGAACAUAGUCAAGGUACUUUACCCAUAUUACCGAGUUUCUCCACUCUCAACAUUUGUUCCUACGAUACUCACCGCUGCCGCUCUCCAGGGAAGCAAUGCUUCUUUCUUAGCAAAAGUAGUCUACAGCCACCUACACCGCCUCUCUGAGAUGACUCUUUUGGUCAGACAUAUGGAUCCUCCCAAAACCCCUAG